AUGGUCAAGCUCGUCGGCCGCCGCACCGGAGUGGUAGUCGACACGGAGGACCUCGCGCAGGACGGCGCCUACGACUCGAUAGACGCGUUCUGGGCCGCGGCCGCGCAGCCGGCCUGGGACAACGACGGGCAAGAUGUCGCGAGGCAAGAACCGGAGCGGAGGCGGUCGUCCGUGUCCUUCGCUGGAAGUGUGGAUGCUCUCGAAGCCCUCGACUCACCACCUGCGUUCGGCGACGACGACGACGACGACCUCCCCCAGUCUCCUAUGAAUGAUUCCGACGGCGAGGAAGUGAUCGCGAGGCAGGCGAGGACGCCGGACAGUCGUAGGCGGCCGUACGAGCCGCCGCAGCCGGAUCCGUCGGCGGAGGGUCUCCGACGCUCACGACGCGCCAGGUUCCCAGUCAUGAAGUGGUGGAAGGGCGAGCGCGUGAUUUACGAGCCCGAUUCCCAGACGGGGCUCCAGAAAGUAGCGGCAGUACAAUUGGGGGCACCUACCCCAAGACCGAAAAAGAGACCGAGACACCUCACGAAGAAAAUAGGUGGAAUCAUCGUCGACGACACCCCGUUGCAACCGUCGGACUACGAGUCGGACGCGCAGGGCACGGAAGCCCGGUUGUGGAACGAGGGCUCGCAACACGCGCAGACCACGAAGUUCGCGGCAAGGUUUAGUGAACACCGCUUCUCGGCCCUCCCGACGGAAGGCGACGAGCCAGCCGUCAUGGCCUGCCAGGCCAUCGCUACCGCCGAGGAUGCUGCCAGAGACGACGUCUACCCCGGCUGGGCGUCCGGCGUGAUGGAGCUGCCCAUGGGAGGUGUGAAAGGGUCGGAAAGCACGGGUAGUCUCACGAUGCUCUUCUUCGUGUCGACGUCCCAAAACUUAGCUGUUGAAUUGACACUAUUUCCUUCAGAAGAUGCCAUGGUGACCGACCCGCACGAGUCAGAAGCUUUGCGCUUCCAAUUCAGUCCAGGCGACCAGUUCUACGUGCCGCCGAACAAUACCUAUAGGUUGAUGAACCGCAGCACGACGCAGCCGGCCAAACUGUUCUUCGCGAUGCUGCGGCCGGUCUGCGACCGCGACGACUCGUCGUCCUCGGGCUAG